CGGAGCGGCGGCAUCAUGGCGGACAGAGACAGCGGCAGCGAGCAGGGCGGCGGCGGCGGCGGCGGCGGCGGCGGCGGCGGGGGCGCGGCGGGCGGCGGGGGGCCGGGCUCGGGCUCGGGCUCGGGCGGCGGCGGCGGCGGCGGCGGCGGCGGGCCGGGCGGCGGGCUGCAGCACGAGACGCAGGAGCUGGCCUCCAAGAGGGUGGACAUCCAGAAAAAGCGAUUUUAUCUGGACGUGAAGCAGAGCUCCCGGGGCCGCUUCCUGAAGAUCGCAGAGGUGGGCGCCGGCGGCAACAAGAGCCGCCUGACGCUGUCCAUGUCCGUGGCCGUGGAGUUCCGCGACUACCUGGGCGACUUCAUCGAGCACUACGCGCAGCUGGGGCCCAGCCAGCCCCCAGAGCUGGCGCAGGCGGCCGACGAGCCGCGCCGGGCGCUCAAGAGCGAGUUCCUGGUGCGGGAGAACCGCAAGUAUUACAUGGAUCUGAAGGAGAACCAGCGCGGCCGCUUCCUGCGCGUCCGCCAGACCGUGAACCGCGGCCCGGGGCUGGGCGCCGCGCAGGGCCAGACCAUCGCGCUGCCGGCGCAGGGCCUGAUCGAGUUCCGCGACGCGCUGGCCAAGCUCAUCGACGACUACGGCGUGGAGGAGGAGCCGGCCGAGCUGCCCGAGGGCACCUCCUUGACUGUGGACAACAAGCGCUUCUUCUUCGACGUGGGCUCCAACAAGUACGGCGUCUUCAUGCGGGUGAGCGAGGUGAAGCCCACCUACCGCAACUCCAUCACCGUCCCCUACAAGGUCUGGGCCAAGUUCGGCCACACCUUCUGCAAGUACUCGGACGAGAUGAAGAAGAUCCAGGAGAAGCAGCGGGACAAGCGCGCCGCCGCCGCCGCCGCCCCCGCGGGCUCCGGGGCCGGGCCCGAGCCGCCGCCCGAGGCCGAGGGCAGCGCAGCCGCCGCCGCAGCCGCCGCCUCCGGUCCGCCCGGCGCCCUGCUGCAGCCCGACGAGCCCGACGAGGACUGACCGCCCGCCGGCCGCCCCGCCCGGCGCCGGGGCCGCGGACUCGGACUGCUCUCGGCCGCGCGGGCGGCAGGCGGCGGCCCGCGGCCGUUCCCGGGCGGCACCCCCGGAGCACCCCCCGCCCGGCAGCCUCCACCGAGCGACAGCAACGCCUCCGACCCGCCACCCAUCGCUGGAUGUCCCUCCACUUUUCCCACCGUAUCAAACAACUUUUACCAGUAAAUAUCGGUUUAUUCCUGAAACCAGAAGCCCUAAACAUACCUUUGUUUAUAAGGUCAGUUGUCAUUUUGUCUCUCUCGUUCCCCACUCCCCCCAGUACAAACUGGCAGGUGUUUGAAAGGUACCGAGCUUUCUUUCUAGUUUUCCUGCUCUGCAACUCUGGAAAUGGAGCCCACAGGACCUAGAGCCUCCUCUUGGUAACGUAGACUGAAGUUUACAAAUUAUUAUUUGACGCUUUAAAGUCUGCUUUUAAGGACAGCGGUGUUCCUGUCUGCCUGGUACGGGGCUGGUAGAAAUGCCUGCAGAUGCACGACGUGGUUCACCUUCCCAGAGCCCGUGGGCAGGUGUCUCACAAAGCAUCUUCAGGUUUGGGCUUGGAAAGUAAUUUCUCCAAAAGUAAAUGCUGCACAAUGCUGUUUCGGUUGGACAGUGAAGAGGAUGGGGGGGAGCGGAGGGUGGGAACCGAGUAUGGAUAUGCCUUUUUCUGAUUUUUUUAAGAUUUUUUCUCCAUAUUCUCCUAGAAAGCAAAGCUUCUGUUUUGGAAAAGAAACAUAAAGUGGGGAGGAGGGAGAGAAUUUGAGCACUGCCCAUCCUAAAAUAGUUUUAAGCACUUCCUCCGAGGCUGAUGGAAAAGGCAGGUGAAAGGCCUGAUCCUUAAAAGGACAUUGCUAGGUAUUUGGGGCUCCAAAAGCAGCUGGUGCUUCUUAAUGACCGCCAUUGAUUUAGGUAAUUUGCAAAAUUGGGAGAGCUGAAGACUCCUCCCUUUCCUAAGAGUUUGCAACCCAAAUGCUGCAGUACUGUGCUAAUACUUGUGAAACAGCAGAGCUGGCGAGGAAUAGAAAAUGAGUUAUUACAUGGUCCCAGCCAAACUUUCUUUUUCUUCUGAAUGAACAAAAUGAAAAAAAAAAAUCAUAAUUAAAAACACUAAAACACUCCAAGCCAAAAAAAAAAAAAAAAAGGCAGCAUCCAUAGAGCAAGAACAGCAUCUCGAGUGAUUUGAUCUGGUUUAGUCAUGCAUGGCUGGCAAGAGCAUUUCUGGUAUAGCCGCAACCUAACUAUGUCCCUUUAAGACUAACUUCAUCUCAGUGAAACAAAAGACAAGGUUUUGCACUGCAGAGCAGAUCAAAGCUCCUGCAGCCUUAGUUGGAGUCCAUAAUGACAGGAGUCUUCCAGCUGUACACUCUGAGCUGAAAACUACCUUUCCUCCCCUUUUGCAGCCUGUGUGGUUCUGAUUGCUGGCAGUUCUCUAAUACAGCUUAAAUCUGAGCAGUUGAGGCUGGUACCACCUUCAGACGUCUUGCGGAGGACUCCUGUUACCAGUUUGGUACCCAAAAGCUACACCCCACCAUGCGAAGUCACUUGUUUUUUAAAGGGCAGUGAUAGAUACCGUCUCUAGUUCUAAUGGAAAAAUUACAUUGUGAUGCAAGUUUAUGAGAAAUUGUUCAUAUAUUCAUAAUUCCGUGGCAAUCCCAAACCGGAGGACGGAUCUGUUAAAGGUAUAUAUUAGUCUAGAUUUUUUCUUAUUGUAAAUACUGUAAUUUUAUAAUACUGUCAAUAUUUUAUUAACUUAGAAAUAUUUAACAGAGUUCAACCUAUUGUAGUUGAUUUAUUUAUAAGUUUAUGUUGCAGCCAAUAUUGAACUGCAUUCUAAUGUAAGAUUAACUUUCAGCAUGUAAACAUUGAUUUAAUCUAUCAUUGGAAAGAUUAGAAUACAGAAAAUUCUCACUCUUAAUCUGUAACAUUUAUCCCCUGAUUCCCAGUUCGGAGUUUUUAAUGAAAUAGUACAAGAUUUCAGAAGCUCAUGAACUGCAGUUGGAUUAUGUCAUUUGAAAACUUGAAUCUUGAAAUGUACCUGGCUUUUUUUACUCUGUUGGUAGUGAAUAAGAUUGCUUCAGUAUCUAAACUUUAAAGUACAGAAGUUUUUAUUUUGAGCAAAGGGACACUCUCAGAUUAACACUGGGCAAAAAAAAGCACAACUCACCUCCCCAGCACAUGUGUGUUAAUUCCAUCUCAAUCACAAGGAAAAAACAUUUUUUCUCCUGCUUUUAUUUGGCUUGAAGCGCUCCUGGAGCGGCGCAGCCAGGUGAGGUGCUGGCCGUGGGCUCUCAAUGGGGGCCUUCACCAGGUGCAUGGCCGCACACUGUGGCCUUGCAGGGCGCAGGACCGGUCCCUGGCACUGGUUAUAACCAUUGUCAAGGUGGAUGAAAGUGUGUAAAAUUGACCCUUUGUCAGACUGAAUUUUCAGAAAUCUGCGCUUUUUCCUCCCCUUUCCCCCACAUAUAUCCCUCUUUAGCCUGAAAGUGUCCCUUUAGCACUACAAAGAUGUUCACUUUCUCUAAAAAAUUAUUACAAGUGACUUUUAGACAGAGCAGAACUCAUCUGUAACAUGUUUGCGACGUAACCUGCAUAAAGAUAUCAAAAAGACAUAAGGGGUUUUCAUGGCAGUUGGUAUUUUUUGAGUGUAAAAGUUAAUCUUUAUUAGAGAUGUGCCAAUCUAUACUGCUUUCUUGUAGUGUUGUUACACUUAGGCAUUUCAGUUAACUUACAAAUAUAUACUGUAACAGUAUACUUUGUACAGAUUUAUUUAAAAUUUAUUUGAAACCUGAAAUAAAUUAGGCAGAAAAUAAAGAUAUUUAUUUUUCAUUUGACUAUGUAAGAAGGCAUCAUUCUUUUGGUUUUAGUGCACUGGUGUAUCGAGCCUCAGAACCACUGUUUUCUUCAGUUCAUAGUCUGCUUUCGAGACACUGUGGAUACGUGUGUGUGUACUGUUGUGCUUCUAUGUAAAUGCCAACAAUGGAGUUCAUUGCUUUUACACAUCCCAAAGAGAAGCUCUCCACCAUUUAUGUUCUGUUUUCUCAUCGGAAAGGUGUGGUUUCUGAACAGUGUGGUUACAAGUUCCGCCAUCCCACUCUCACAUCAGCUUAUGCCAGUGCCAGAAUGGGAGGAUUUGCCUGCGUACCUUCCCCAUACAGCACAGCCAGCAGUGGCAUCGGCAGGGAGCACUUCCAAUGUGUGUCCUUUGGGCUUUCUGUAAAGCAAACACAGAACAAGAAAAAUCAAGAUGUUAAAUUCAUUAGCAAACAAAUUCCUCGUUGUACAGUAGUAUGGAAAUCUCUAGUCAACCUGCCAUUAAUAAUAGAGUCUUAUUUUUUGAAUGAUCUAUUUAAAAGAACAGCGAGCGUUGUAUUUGCUAGUAAAGCUGAAGUGUUUACAUGGAAUUACUAAAUAAAUUAUUUGAUCUAC